AUGAGUGAGCCCACCGAGCCUUCACAGUCAACCAACGAGACGCGACCAGGCUCAACUCCAGCCCCCAACCCUGAUGUAGCCACGGACGCCGACAGAAACUGCCGAAGGGAGAAGAAGAGACUUGCUCGGCGGCGAAGAGAAGAAGCAAGCUUCAUACUAAGCAGCUUGGAAGAUACCGACGACGAUGAAAAGCAAGUUAUGUACCUGCAAGAGGUGCCGCGAGUAAAAGCCAGCCACUGCCGGGCGUGGGACUGCGCAAUCAAAAAGGUAGCGCGCGAGCCGAUCAUUCGGUACCAUUAUCGCUUUGCACGGAAGGGUGGGAGGAAUCUGUAUGGUGGGGGACCAAGACUUUAUUCUAACUGCCCACCGGUUCUCACCGCAGAGCUUGUCGAGUACUACCACAUCAGCUGCAUCGAGCGCAUCAUCCCCAACCUCGCAGACCUCGUCGUAAACGGGCACCUAAAGCUCGACGGAUGGGUUUGCGCGCCCCCCCAAUACGAAAGUGUCGAUCGAAUCCUCUACAGACGCCAUCAAGGACUGGUUCAAAUACGGCGGGCGGACGUUCGACAUCGACUGCUACGAGAGGUUCAAAAGCGACCACAAGGAGUGGCAGAGGGAGACUAG